AUGGGUCUUUUAGCGCUGGGAACCGCCUUGGAAUGGCCGGAGGCCAAGAAGAAGGCGGACCAAGUCCGACAGUGGGGAAUUGAGCAACUGUUGGCAAAUUGGCGACGAGCCAAGGGCAAAGAGCGAGAUGCCCUUCUUUGGGGUGAUGAGGUCGAAUACCUCGUGGUAGCCCUCGAUGACGAAGCCAAGAAGGCCCGACUGUCUCUCGCCCAGGCCGAAAUUCUCAAGUCCCUCGCUCGUGAUGAGGCUCUUUGGACGGCAGGCUCCGGUGGAGAUGGAGAACGUGGAGAGCACGAGGGAGAGAAACCUCCGCACUUCCAUCCCGAGUUCGGCCGUUUCAUGCUUGAAGCCACUCCGGGAGAACCUUGGGGUAUCGGAUUCAAGGACCUGCUGAAGGUAGAAUCCAACAUGAAGUGGAGACGAGAAGUCGCAAAGGCACACAUGGCCCCUAACGAAUCCCCGAUUACCCUUACGACCUUCCCGCGACUGGGCACAAAGGACGAUUACAUCCAGCCUUACUACCCCCCGUCUGGGCCUGCUCUGCGCUCACAAUUUGUGCCGGACGAGAUUGCCAACCCACACAUCCGUUUCCCGACUCUAGCGGCCAACAUUCGGUCACGAAGAGGGCGCAAGGUUGAGCUGAAUGUGCCAGUCUUCAAGGACCAGAAUACUCCUUCCCCGUUCAAAGAUCCUACCGUCAAUUAUGAUCUUCACCAGUGGCCGGAGGAUGCCGAUGUUCGCAAUGGCGCCGCCAAAGAUGAUCACGUUUAUAUGGACGCAAUGGCCUUUGGUAUGGGCAGCUGUUGCUUGCAGAUUACCUUCCAGGCCAAGAAUAUGACUGAAGGCCGGAAACUUUAUGAUCAACUGAGUCCUCUUGGACCCAUUCUUCUGGCUCUCACUGCCGCCACGCCCAUCUACAAGGGAUUCCUGGUUGACACGGAUGUGCGUUGGAAUCAGAUUGGUGCAGCAGUGGAUGACAGAACCCCUGAAGAGCUUGGUGAAGCUCCUCUUAAAAAUGACCGAUGGAGAAUUCCCAAGUCUCGAUAUGCUUCCAACUCUACUUAUAUUUCCCAAGAUCCUCGGUUGCGCAAGGAAUACCUGGACCCUGAUCUCGUCGUUGACGAGGAUAUUAAGAACCGAUUAAUAGAGGGAGGCAUGGAUGAUAUGCUUGCCACCCACUUCGCACACCUCUUCAUUCGCGACCCACUCGUCAUCUUCUCGGAGGAUCUGGAAGAGCUCGACUUGCACAAGGGAGAUCAUUUCGAGAAUCUCCAAUCUACCAAUUGGCAACACAUGCGAUUCAAGCCGCCACCAUCCGAGAAGGAUGACAUUGGCUGGCGCGUUGAGUUCCGGUCGAUGGAAAUCCAGAUCACCGACUUUGAGAACGCAGCGUUCAGCAUCUUUAUCGUCCUCAUCACUCGUGCUAUUCUCAGCUUCGACCUCAACUUCUAUCUACCCAUUCCGCGCACAACCGAGAACAUGGAAACGGCUCAUGCCCGCAAUGCCGUGCUCGAUAGCAAAUUCUACUUCCGCAAGGAUCCCUUCGGACGCCGCGCCCCCAGACACGCUGCGCAGCACUCUUCUCAUGGCAGCACGUUCUCUUCCACUACAUCGUCGGCAGUCAACACACCCCCACCAUCGCCGCCUCUUGGCCCUGUGGAAACAGAGUACGAGCUGAUGACUAUCGCCGAGAUUGUGAAUGGCUGCCCUGACGGAUUCCCCGGUCUGAUUCCCCUGGUUGAGUCAUAUCUCAACAGCGUCAACGUUGAUGUCGAGACACGUUGCUUCCUUGCCAGCUACCUGGACCUGAUCCGGAAACGUGCGGACGGCACGCUUUGGACGGGUGCGAAGUGGAUCCGCGAGUUCGUGGCCAAGCAUCCGAGCUAUAAGCAUGACAGCGUUGUUUCUGAAGAGAUCACUUACGAUCUUGUCAAGGCGGUUGAGGAGGUGACUGCCAAGGAAGGCAAGCAUGGCAGCAUCGGUUGGGAGCUCCUGCGGGGCAAAAAGAAUUAG